AAUGAAAUCUUUGCAUUUCUUAUCAAUCUUAUGCCUUGUUUUAAGUCUGGAGAGAUUUCAAUGUCAAGUUGUUAUUAAUGAAUUAGAUCUGAAUCUUAAUUACAUUGAACUUAGAAAUUUGAACUCUGCUCCUUUUACCUUUGAUGGGCAAAGUGUGAAACUUGCUUCCUAUUCGCCUGGGCCUACAUAUGAAUCAUCAGCUAUCCUGACUGGAUCAAUUGCUGGAAAUGGAAUAGUUAAAUAUGAUAUCAAUGGAGCAAAAAAGAGAAGGAAGAGAAGCCCUGGUGGUUCUAUUGCACUUAAUAUUGGUACUGAUGCUAGCAGAUAUAUACUUAUAUAUAAACAGGGUGAAUCAGUGAAUUGGGAUAGUUUAGUUUUUAAAACAUCUGAAAGUGCCAGUGGAACAGUAUUCACUGCAAAUGCAAAUGAAUGGGAUAACAAGUACUUAUUAUAUUCACCUGGUAAAGUAUUUGUUAGAAUUGCAGAUAGUUCAGAUUCCCCUGAAAGUUGGGAAAUAAGAGAUGUAGGAACACCUGAUGCUCCAAAUGGUGCAAAUGGCGAUCCACAUUUUAUGCAAACUAUAUUAGAUAGACGGACAAAUAAGACUGAAAAAGUUUGCUAUGACGUAACUGGCAAAUCUGGAAAUAAAAUUUUUAUACUUGAAGACAAACUUACUAGUACAAAAGUUUUUGGCAUUUUAUUAAAUGAUUAUUAUAUGCAUUCAAUUGAAAUUGUUCAAAAACAACUCAUCAUUUUUAAUAUCAAAACUAAUGAAAUUAUUUUUAAAAAUGGUAAACAAAUUAUUUGGGAAUCUGCUAAUCAUUUGGAAGAGUAUGGAAAAUUUUUCCAUAUAUCAAUAAUUCAAAAUAAUGUCUUUUUAAAUAUAAAAAAUACUAUUGGUAAUAGGCUUAAUGUUAAAAUCUCUAGGAGAGAAACAGACUUGACAGGAAAAUAUUUGGACAUUUCAUUUGAUAAUAUCACUCCAACUAAUGACAGAUAUUAUGGCAUAAUUGGUCAUGUGGGACACCAGCCAAUAGCAUUUAUGGAUCUAAUUCAAGAAGAUGACAAGACUACUGUAGUAAAGAUGAAUAAUUCUCUAUUUAAUGCUAAAAAGCUAACAAGAUAUGAAAAUGAAUGUUGGUUAAUUAAAUUUGAAGAUCUAAUUGCACCAAAAGUUCCACAAGACUUUGUAAACUGA